UACCUAUCGUUACAGGACAUGAGAAGAUGAACCCGCUCACUGUGCGGGUAUAUGACAGUGACCUCAGCAAAGUUGUCCACAGGUUCCUGGAUAUGUGCCCCACCAGCGGGCCAAACUGCGGCACGGCUGAAGUGAUCUACAAGAAGAUGGAUGAGGCCUUGCAGAAAAACGACAUACCAUGGAGAAACUGUGUCAGUCUGUCUGUUGAUAAUGCUCCUGUCAAUACAGGAGCAAGGAACUCCAUCGCAUCCAGAAUUCUUCAAGAAAAUGCCAGCAUCUACAUCCAUGGGUGUCCUUGUCACAUCAUCCACAACACUGCCAAACAGGCUGGUCAGGCUUUUUUGGAGGUGUGUGGAUUUGAUCCAGAGGAUCUCGCUGUGGAUGUCGGACAUUGGUUUAAAGGAAGCACCAAUCGUAAAGGUUACCUGACAGAAUUCUGUGAGCUCCAUGGAAGUGAGUAUAUGGAAAUGCUCAUGCACGUUUCUGUUCGAUGGUUGAGCCUGGAGAAAUGUUUGACUCGUAUCCUGCAGCAGUAUCAGCCACUGGCCAGCUACUUGAAGUCAUUAAAUGAUAAACAGCCAAGGUUCAGGAGGCUUGUGGAGGCAUUCUCUGACCCAAUUACAGAGGUGUACCUGCUCUUCUAUCAAGCAACGUUUCCAGUCUUCUCCACCUUCAACCUCCUCCUCCAGAGAGACAAGUCAUCCAUCUUCCUUCUACAUGAUGAGAUGAGGGGUUUCAUCCGCAAGCUGCUCUCGAAGUUUCUGAAGCCUGCUGCUUUGCAGCACCGGGAACUGCAUGAAAUCCGCUUUAAGGAGCCAUCCAACCAACUGCCAGGAGAAAAGUUGGUGAUUGGCUUCACUACUCGAGCUACACUCAACAGGCUCCUUGAAGCAGGAGACAUUACACCGCAGCAAGUGCAGAGGUUUCAGCAGGCAGCAGUGGCAUUUCUGGAAAGGGCUGUGGAGUAUGCCAUCAAGAAACUCCCCAUGAAAGAGCCUCUGAUAAAACAUGCCAUGUUUCUGGAUGUCCAGCAGAGAGCAGAGUGUGGAGUGGAAGAUGCCCUCUACUUUGUCGACAGGUUUCCUGAACUUCUCCCAUACAAUGGCCCUGAGGAGCGUGAUCAACUGACUGAGGAGUUUCUGGACUACCAGUCCAUGGACAUUGCCAUGCCCGAAGACCCAUCAAUCUUUGACUGUGAGAGCUUUGUGGGGAACAUGGCAUCAAUGAAGAAUAAGGUGACCGGUAUGAGCAGAUUUGGGAGGCUGUCCCGUAUUGCCAAGUUGGUCUUGGUGCUUCCUCAUUCUAAUGCUGAUGCAGAACGAGUUUUCUCUGCAGUUGGACUAAACAAAACCAAAACACGAAACAGCUUGGCUCUUGAGGGAACACUAUCAUCGAUCAUGACGGUGAAGAUGGCGAGCCUUGAGCCACAGUGUUUCAAGUGGGAGCCCCCUGCCUCUGUCAUGAAGGCAUCAAAAUCUGCCACUCAUGCAUACAACAUGAGACAUGUCCCCAGCUAAAUG